AUGACACAAACGUACAAAAUCGACUUGAAAUACUUGGAAGAGAUCCAGGAGGACGUCUUUGUUGCACUUCACUCGACAUCAACUGAAAAGGGUGUCGAGGAGGUUGCCAUUCACAAAGCACUCAUUGCUGGUGGUGAUCAAUGCACAAAAAUAUUGACUUAUUUGUCUCUCAAAUCCACGCUGAUUGAAGGCAAAGACAAUACUCCACAAGUCAUUGUGAGCAAUUCAGAGAAGUUUAAUAUGACCGAGGGUGCAGUGAUCACCAUUCACCAAGAACAUUUAAAUUCAUUAGUUCAAGGAAGUGGAAAGAAUGAUUUGAUGUUCUACGCACUUGCUUUAUCACAACUGAAAUUGUUGCUGUUCCCGGGUGAUUCCAAGACAAUGAAUGAGGCUACCACUCUUUAUGAAAAUACUUUGAAAAACACAACAGAGAAGAAGAAGAAGGCUGAAGACCUUUUUGUCCAACUUAAGAAGUACAAAACCGUCUUUGACGAAUUGAUCAACAAGGACUUCCCACUCACACUCUUUGAAGAAAUUGAAAAGUUUAUUGUGGACUCAUUUACUAACGAAGUCUUUGUGGAAAACUACUUCGCUCCCAUCGAGGAGAUGCUCAUUGCACUUUUGGGAUAUCCCAUUGACUUGAUUCGAGAAAGAGCACUUGUCCUCUUAAAUUGUUUGUAUGAUGGAAGUUUGUACGAGACCACUGCGCCCGUCUUUGUGGAAAAAGUGUUACAAGUUGGGGAUGUGCUUACACUCACAAACACAUAUAAACACCCAAUAUAUAGUACAAUUAUCAGUGAAGGAAAGAACCUCAUUGCGGAAGUCACUAUGCCACAAGCUAAAAUACUUGAUGUCAAUUCACCACUCCAAAGAACAAGCUACUAUACACCACUUAAUAUGAACAUCGGAACUACACAAAAGCCUGGAGAGUAUGAUGUGGUUGUUGGCACAAUAGAGAAUAAUAAGUUUGUGCCGUGCAAGUGCUCUGGUGGGUUUGUUCAGGUCCGGUUACUUGUCCUCCCAGAGAAGGCGAAGAACAUUUCCUUGUACGGCGUUUCGGAUGGUGGAGAUAAACCAGAGUUGUUGACGAGCGAAGUUGUUGAAGAAGCGGGAAUCAAUAUGGUGCAUUUAGUCUUGUUAAACACAGUCAAGACAAGAACUUUGGAAGACAAUAAAUUUGCACAUGAUUUGUUUGAGAAGGUCAGAGGAUUUGAGACCAGAAAUGUCGGGAUGAUGGUUGAUUUUCCAUUACAAGUCUCGUCUUCGGUCCCAGAGUCUUCACCGUACCGUGCACUCUUUUGUGAUGCAGACGGACAUAUUGCGGGGACGAGUGAUUGGGCGUACUUAAACUUCAGAAGUGUGACGUGUUGGGAUAAGGCAGUUGAAGAUAUCAAAACAUUACAAAGAGAGAGUCGGGUCGACGCUGUUCGUAUUACAUCGCGUGCGGAGUCAUUACUUCCGAUUGUUGUGAUGGAUACGGAGAAGUCGAAAAACAUGACGGGAUGUGUUGUUGAUCCACAGUGCAUUUACGAUAACGAAAAGCUGUCACAAGGGUAUCCCAAUCCAUUCUUGAGAAAGUUGACGAGAGACGUCUGGAAGACGAACCCGGACUUUGUUUUCUUUGUUGACGCGUUUGACGAAGAAGUGAUGUCCGAUAUCCGCUCUGGUGUCUUGCCCUAUAUUGAAACGAUGAAAGCGAUGUGGUCGCCGAAGUUUGAGAGAGUCUUCCAACUGGGAAGCUUGUCUGGUCAAAUCAAAGCACUGAAAGAACUUAAAGAGCCGUUCUACCCAGAGAAGUACCCACAAGGGACCACAUUUGCACAUCAGCCGUUUACUAUUCAUCCUGCUAUGCAACAUUUCAUGGCAGCGCUGCCCGUUAUCCCCUGUUUGAAUUCGAAUAACACGUAUAACGAGAAAUACGCACAGUUGAACAAGAAGAGAGCACUUAUUCGAGAAAGAGAGCAACACUUGAUGAUCUUUGGUAAGAUCAGGGUGCUCACCUGUGUGAAUGACGCCGGAGAGAACCAAGACCAAGUCAUUGGGUUGAUGCGUGAGCAUUCGCACUCGUCAACUGCCGCCCUUGUUGCUAUUAACACAGCGGACUACGCAACGACAGUCCACUUUGACUUGAAAAACAUGAAAUUGAAACAUGAACCCAAAGACGAUGAUGUAAUGGAAGUGAUUGAUGUUGUCACACACCACAGAGAGUUGAUGAGUUUCAAGGAGUUGUUAGAAGAACAGAUUCCCAUCAAGUUGAAGCCAUUUGAUAUAGCGUGCAUCAAGUUCACAGAAUACGCUCCACAUAAUUGCUUGAGAAUUGAUCAAGAGCACCAACAAAGCGCGGUGAAGCGUGUCAUUUCACUUGUCGAGAGUGGAAUGAAUCCAAAAGGAAAUUCAGUGUUUGAAGACUUGCUGAAGUACUUCAAUGAGAAGAACGAGGGUGGGUUGUCGAAGUACAUUCACAACUUGCAGAGGGCACUCAGUGCCACAGGAGUGUUCUGUGCGCCAGAGAAAGUCGCUGCGUUCAUUCAUGAGAUCUUCUUCCAAAUCAAUAACAUCAGUGGUCUGAGAGACAGACACACGCCAGUGAUCGGGUAUGACGCCAUUCGAGGUGUUGCAAGUGACAGUGGAAGUUCUGCCGACAUCUGUCGACUUGUUUUACAGAAGAAUAAGAUGGGACCUAUUGUUUUUGUCACUCCGGAACUUGGACGAUUCUCGACGAUUGGAGGGAUUGGGGUGUUGAUCAACGAAUUGACGAAAACGCUUGCGGAGUUAGGGUCAGAAGUGAUAGUGAUCUCGCCGUACUAUAACACCAACAAGAAAGGACAAACCGGGUACUUGAAGAAUGAAGGUGUGAAACAAACGGGGACGGUGACGAUCAAAAUAGCGCAUGAGCCGGUGAGUUGUGGGGUGCACUUUACACGUGAGAAUAACGUCGACAUGUACUUCUUACACAACUACAACUACUUCCCAAUGGCAUAUCCACCAUUCAGUGCUGAAGACCAUUUACGAUCGGCCGUGUUGUUAGGGAAAGCGACGUUGCAACUGUUGUGCGACAACAACAUCCACCCUGAAUUGAUCAUAACGAAUGAUUGGUUGACUGGGAUGGUACCUGCCUAUGGUAAACACCAAUUUGGAGAUUACUAUAAGAAUACGACUUUCUUCCAUAUCGUCCACAACUUGGAGAAAGGAUAUAUCGGAGACUUGUACCCGGACAGAGAUCUGUCAUAUGUCCACGAACUUCCGGGGGAGUUGGUGAAUAACCCCGGCCCAAGAAGUAUUAACAUGUCGAUGUGUGCGCUGAAGUGUUCAGAUAAUUGGGGGACAGUGAGUAAGAGUUAUAUGAUCGAUGCGCUGCACGGGUCACCGUUGAUGUACUUCCUCAAUAUGUUCCCGAAACCAUUUGCGUGCAGUAAUGGCAUUUCCGUAGUCCAUCGAACGGAAGUGUUGAAGAAGAUCUCACCGAAUCUGGAUCACUAUGAAUGUAAGAGACAAUUACAACAGAAGUACUUCAAUCGCGUUGACGAUUCGAUUCCAUUGUUUGGAUUUGUCGGAAGAAUCUGCGAGCAAAAGGGAGUCUUCUUGUUGUUGGAUGCGAUUUGGACGAUUGUCAAGGAGACGGAAGGGAAGUGCCAAUUCAUCAUUGGAGGGAUGGCACCGUCGGAUGAUCCAUAUGCCGUUGCGUGUGCGUCGAAGAUGAGAGAAAUGUGCGGGACAUUCCCACAAUGCUUCUGGGCAGAACCGUCGAAAUUCUUCACAGAUGGCCCACUGAUGAAUAUGGGAUGCGACUUCACAUGUAUGCCAAGUAUGUUUGAACCAAGUGGGUUGGUCCAACAAGAAAGCUUCUUGGGUGGAACACCAGUCAUUGCGUUCCAAACGGGUGGACUGAAAGAUACCGUGUUUGAGUAUGACCCCAUCAAGAAAACAGGGAACGGUUUUGUCUUCCAAGGAUUCGCAAUCGGAGACUUGAUCUACGCUAUCCAAAGAUCUAUUAAAGUCUUUAAAGACCACGAAAACUAUACUAUACUCAGACAAAAUGCAAGUAAAUCAGUCCUCGAUUUGACAGACGUCGCUAUUGCGUGGGGAGCAGAAUUUGGAAGACUCAAGAAAAAAGUCUUCACUUUCAAACUUUGA